GCCGUUAUCGUUUGUAAACCGACACGGUAAUGAACGUGAUGCUCUUGAACGCACCCUCUCAGGGGCUCAUUUGAUUGGCUAAGCAUUGCAAAUCUUUGUCGGGGAAAAUGGGGGACGAUUUGGGUGACGAGUGGUGGCUACAGGACGUGAAAUCCGAUGCUUCUGACGUGGAGGAUGAAAAGAAGAAAAGCAAGACCAAACAGAUAGAAGAAACCCCGAGCGUACAAAAGAAAGCAGAGAAGAGGAAGACGCUCACCGAAAAAAUUGCGACGCCAAAGAAAAAGAAAACGACUGAAAAGGUGUCAAAAAUUCCGAAACAGCGGAGGGAGACGGAAACAUCAACAACAUCACCCAAAAAGAGAAAGAGGAAGAAAAAGACCAUUACAGAUGUGCUGGCUGCCUCUGACCCAAAACCAGGCUGUCCCGCAGACCUUCAGAACUCCCUGGCACAGUACUUUUCAGACAAGCGCUCCGUGAUCGAGCAGGAGGAGCUCAAACUGCACGAUUCGAGUUUUGUGGCCUGCAACGACCUGACGCACAGCCUCUCGUCCUAUCUCAAGCACAUUUGUCCCAAGUGGGCAAAGAUUCAGAAACAACACACGGAAAAACGUUCGGUGGUCCUGCUCAUCGUCUGCAGUUCUGCCCUCCGAGCCAUCGAUCUCAUCAGACAACUGACAACAUUCAAGGGCGAAGCCAAGGCUGUAAAGCUUUUUGCAAAACACAUAAAGAUUGAGGAGCAGGUGAAGCUGCUGCAGAAGGGAGUCGUUCACAUCGGAGUGGGCACACCAGCUAGGAUCGGCGCUCUAAUUCACGGAGAUGGAUUAAACUUGCAAGCAUUGCGCUUUCUGGUUCUGGACUGGAACUGGAGAGACCAGAAGUGCAGGAGGAUGAUGGACAUCCCUGAGAUCAAACUGGAUUUUAUUAAGAUGUUCGAGAGCUGGAUCCUGGACCGAUGCAAAGCAGAUCAAGUCAAAAUCGGACUGUUUUAACCCGCAUUUGUCGACUCGGCGUCUGCGCUGACGACGAGCUUCCGCCUUCAAAGCUUUGCCGUGGGGCCUCGGCUUUUUCCUUUCGUCAGAGGGCGCUUCGAAAUGUGCCAUGUUUGUUCAAACACAAUGUCUUGGCAAGACCUCGUCAAUAAAUAAUUGCGUGUCAAAUGGAAGCGAUGACAAAGUUUCUCCCCCACGAUUUUGGCCUCUCCUGCAGAGAACAUUGAUUUUGUUCCAAGUGCGUCACCCCAACAGAUCUUCAACUUUCAAUUGCACAGAUAGGCACCUUAUUCCAAAUAAAGCUGCCUAAUAAUGCCUUUUGAGGAAUGAAAUUAAUUACAAAUGUACUGUCUGGUUUGUUCAGUCUUCUUCUUCUUUUCCUUUGGGCUUGUCCUGUACAGGGUUGCCACACCGUGUC